CAUCUCGAAGCAGCAUCGGUAGCUGCAGAGCAGGCCAGCGACUGCAGCUCAGGGGAGCGUCCGUUUCUCCGGAGCUGGAGAUCUCGAGCUAGCGCUCGUCCCUGCAGCUGGGAGCAAGCAGAGAAUGGAUGCAGGUGGCACCUCCAAGAGAGGCCGUCGUCCUAUCAAGCCACGGAAGCUGAGGUUCAAACCAAAAGUGCCACGACAGAAGCCGAAGAAGUCAACUGCACAAAAGCCACGAGUGGAAGAGACAAACCCAGUUGAUGCAGAGUUGCUGAAGACACUGAGGGCAGGCCGAGGAGAUGCAAAAACCUUGCGUGUUAUAAAAGAUGAGCAAUCGGCACAGGAUUCCAACUCAGCAGUUCCUUCUGCAGCCAAAGUUAGCUUACCACCGGUGCAGCCAGGAGGGCAGAAGCGAGCUCAACCGAAGAGGGCACUUCAAAUCCCUAGAGCCCCUCCUGUUGCAGCCAAUGCAGGU